AUGCACGAUAUCCAGGCAAUCGAUAAAGCAUCUCCUGUCCACGCAAAAGAAGCAUGCCCAGCACCAUCCCCGAUCGAAUAUUGCUGCUGGAUGGAAAGCACCUUUGACUUCGGCACCCUCGGUUUGAGGCCAAAGGAUGUUUCCCCUGCACUCCUCAUGCUCUGUGCGGCCGCGUCUCACGGAGACCUCCGAAACUACACUGGGUGUGGUAUCAUUGGGAUUGAUGCAAAGACCCAGCUUACUCCCAUCCGCGAAACAGACAAUCUGGCCGACUGCCUCGUACCAAUGGAGCCUGACUUCGACCUGGAAUCAUCAAUAUCCCGGAAUUUACAUACCUUGGAGCAUGAUCUGCAUGAAGAGGUUCAGCGGCAUCACCAACACCGGAAUGUCAUGAGCGGAGCCGCGAUUCGUCACAUCGUUAUACUCGAAGAGCACAACGCAGAUGGAAAAUCUCCGAAAUGGAUGCAACAGCUCAAAUCUGCUGGACAUACGGAUGAGCUCGUCCCCACAACCGUUCUGCAUUGUACCCUGGAACAAGGCCUUUUGUCCUUUCGUAUAUGUAUCGACCCCCCAGGAGAAGAUGGGGCUCGCCGAACGCAAAGCUUCGUCGAGAACUUCUUGCACCUCCUCGUUGAAUCGCUCAGUCAUCCACGAUUGCGGCUACUGGAUGCAGUAGGGGGUUUUCUGCCCACCUCACCUACGGCGUCCAUCCCAGAUGUUCCACCAUUCUGGGAGAUUUGCGUGCAUGAAGUAAUCCAAGGCCAACGUCGGAAAUCCCCAGACUCCCUGGCAGUUGACGCAUGGGACGGCUCCCUCACAUACCGAGAGCUGGACGAGAUUACCGAUCUGCUGGCACGCGCACUGAGGCUCUUGGGGAUAGGACUAGAGCGCUUUGUUCCCAUCUGCAUGGAAAAGUCCAAAUGGACAACGGUGGCAAUCCUCGCCGUCAUCAAAACUGGUGGGGCAUUUAGUCUACUGAGCCCGGACCAUCCUUUGCCUCGCCUGCAGCAGAUCUGCGAUGAUCUCCGAAGUCCAUUUAUAUUGUCGUCUGAAGCCCAAGCAGCGCGUUGUCGGAAGCUGGGAGGUCUUUUGGUCAUAGAGAAUUUGUAUCAAGCAUGCCGAUCAAGCCGUGCCCCUCGGGAGAUGUCGCUGGUCCAGCCAGGCAAUGCGCUCUAUGUCGCUUUUACGUCAGGUUCCACAGGGAAGCCAAAGGGAGUCGUGAUUGAACACCAGGCUUACUGCUCAAGCGCUCAGUCCCAUACACAGGCCUUCCAGAUCAACGACAGGUCUCGCCUCCUGCAGUUCGCUUCCUACGCGUUCGAUGUGAGUAUCCUGGAGACGUUAAGCACGUUGAUGGCUGGAGCGUGUCUCUGCGUACCGAGCGAGGCUCAACGAAAUGACGUGGUGUUGUUCGAAGAGGCCCUGAAGACCUUCCGUCUCACCCACGUAGGCCUCCCUCCCUCCUUUGCUCGAAUAGUCCCCUGGGCGAAUAUCGAAGAACGGCCCACUUUGUUACUAGGCGGCGAGCCGAUGCGCAAGUCAGACAGGACCAUUUAUAGCGCGCUCGGGAUGCGCUUGAUGAAUGCAUACGGGCCUACUGAGUGCUCUGUGAAUGCGACAAUCCAUCAUCGUGUCCGGCCCAGACAUCCGGUGCAGAACAUUGGCAAGACUACGGGGGCGGUUGCGUGGAUUGUCGACCCUGACGAUAUGGAGAAGCCGAUGGAAUGGGACGAGGUUGGCGAGUUACUUCUUGAGGGCCCGAUCGUGGGCCGGGGAUAUUUGAACAAUAGUGGAGCUACUCGCAAGGCCUUUGUGGACCCUCCGGCGUGGCUUCGACGGCUGCGAAAGGGGCGGUACCAGCAUCGGAUUUACCGGACGGGGGAUUUAGCGUCCCAGGAUCAGACAGGAGCUAUUCAUAUCAUCGGUCGCAAUGACGGACAAUUCAAAAUUCGAGGGCAGCGAAUCGAGGUCGCCGAUGUCGAACAUCACGUCAACGACUUUGUGGCCACCAGCACUGAAGUUGUCGUGGAGAAGGUCAACACGUCCGACGACUACCAGAGGCUCAUCGCAUUUAUCGUCCUCGAUGGGCCUUUACCUGCCGAGGCGACUGACUCGAUCUUUCUAGCACCGAAUGCGUCUGACCUGGAGAGUUUCAAAGCCAUACAGGAGCAGCUACACAGCCGUCUUCCCCGGUACAUGGUUCCCAAUCUGUGGAUUCCCUUGAGUCAUUUACCUAAGGCAGUAUCUGGCAAAAUUGACCGACGUCUUUUGAGAGACACCGCAGCGGCGAUGUCGCAAAGAGAUCUUUACGCCUUUGCGUGCUCUAAAACAGAGAAACGGGCUCCUAUCACUUCGAGUGAACGGACACUUCGUCAAGUGUAUGCUGAUAUCCUCCAAAUCCAGCCCGCCGCCAUUGGCAUGGACGAUACCUUUUUGCGCCUUGGUGGCGAUUCCGUCCAGGCCAUUCGGCUGGUCGGUUCUGCAAGAAAGGCGGGACUGACGGUUCAGAUGCAGGAUGUUCUCGCUAAGGUCAGUAUCGCCGACCAGGCGGAAAAGGCGAUGAAUAUCGCAUCUUCGCCCGAGCCUGUCUAUGAGCCGUUCAGUCUGGUGGAGACCUCUGUGCAGGGCGAUGUUCUUAGGCUGGCGCAGGAACAAUGCAGUGUGCAACGGUCCCAAAUUGAAGACAUCUAUCCGUGCACGCCGCUGCAAGAGAGCAUGUUCGCAUCCUCGUUACAGCGCCCUGGCAUGUACACCGGAAAUAUUGUUUUCCGAAUCCCUCUCGGCAUUGAUAUCUCUAAGCUCAAACAUGCGUGGAAGGACACGGCUGACAAGAAUCCCAUCCUACGCACACGGAUCAUCCAAAGCUCGCAUGGGCUUUUUCAAGUCGUUGUCGACACCUUUGCAUGGCGAGAACAUACCGGUCCAGUUCUGGAAACCCCAGUAUCCACGGAGCUGGUCGGGCAACCAUUGGUUCAAUACCUUCAUAAAGAGAAGGAUCAUGAGCUGGUAUUGACGAGUCACCACGCUGUGUCCGAUGACUGGACGCUACGUCUCGUUCGACAACAGGUAGAAGCCGCGUAUCAGGGUCACCUGCUAGAGAAGCAGCAUUUCUAUCCUUUCAUUCAAUACACCCGGCAUAUUCAGGGCGUGGAGGAGUUCUGGGCCACCCAGCUGUCGAAACUGGAUGCCACGGUCUUUCCUGAGCUUCCAGCCAGCAAUUACCGGCCUUCGGCCACGCAGUCCCUCCAACAUCAGAUCGAUGGGCUUUGCGUAGACAAGCAAACGUCUCAUACCCUUCCUACUUAUAUCUACCUUGCGUGGGCAUUGCUGAUCGCUCACUAUACUGAUUCACCCGAUGUGGUGUAUGGCGCGACCCUGAGUGGACGCAAUGCCUCUGUGCCAGCCAUUGAGGCCAUAGUCGGACCAACAAUCACGACCCUUCCAUUGCGUGUUCGAUUGCAGUCUGAAACCUCGAUAGUAACCGCGUUGGACCAGGUACAAAAGACGCUGGCUUCCAUGAUUCCGUACGAACAGGCCGGGUUGCCAUGGAUCGCCAGGAGUUGCGAGGAUGGAACGAGAGCCUGCCAGUUCCAAAGUCAACUCAUAAUCCAGCGCCCGGAGGAAACAGACCAUACAUAUCUUUUUGACGCCGUCCAAGGGUCCGUUCAUACCAGACUGGAUUAUACAACCUUCUGUGAGUUCGCGAUGAUGCUGUCCUUCCUACCCAGCGUAGACAGGACCAGUAUGACUAUUGAUACCGCGUUCGAUUCCCAUGUCGUCUCACCGAAUGCAAUGUGCCGGAUGCUGUGUCAGUUUACGCACAUUCUGCGUCAGAUCAUGCAGCAGCCUGCGCAGCAGAUAGAAGCAGUGAACUUGGCAUCUCUGGAUGACUUGGCUCAGCUCCGACAGUGGAAUUCUCAGAUACCUCCGGCGGAACCCAGGUCCUUGAACUACCUGUUCCUAAGUCGGUGUCUCGAUCAACCACGAGCCACAGCUGUAUGUGCCUGGGAUGGGUCAUUGACAUAUUCAGAUUUAGCCGGAUUGUCCUCCUCCCUGGCCUACCGACUUAGAUUGCUGGACGUGCGCCCAGGUUCUUCAGUAGGGAUCUGUCUAGAGCGGAGUAAAUGGAGCGUUGUCGCCAUUCUGGCCGUCCUGUUCGCCGGGGGUACGUGUAUCCUCCUAGACUUGCAUCAUCCGCGCCAGAGAAUCCACGAUAUCCUCAAAGAAACUUCCGUUCAAGUCGUAGUCAACAGCCAGACGACGGCGGCAUUAACAAGCGGUCUCACACCAAUCGAGGUUUGUCUCGAUCCAGCACUUACAGAUAUUCUGCCCCAGACUCCGUGCCUCCCUGAUUCACCAGUUUCUCCUGCUGCACCUGCCUUCAUUCUGUUCACCUCCGGCAGUACUGGUCGUCCCAAAGGCAUUGUCAUGCCGCACAGCACCUUGGCCUCCAGUAUUAAGUACCAUAGUGUACCGAUGAAUGUUGGAGCUGAUUCGCGGGUGCUCCAUUUCUCCUCGUACGCGUUUGAUGUCAGUAUAUACGAGAUCUUCACUACACUGGCAGCGGGAGCAAUCCUCUGCGUUCCGUCGGAAUUCGAACGUACAAACGCGCUUGCCGAGGCGAUCUGCCGAUUCCAGGUGAACUGGACGUUUCUCACCCCGGGGGAAGCCGUCACCCGCGAAAACUUCGACGCUUGGGCCCGUGGUCGCACGCUGAUCAAUGGAUACGGUCCCGCAGAAGCCACCAUAUGUGGUGUUGGAACCAUUCCGCCGACGGGAUGGAAGCAGGGGGUGAUUGGGUCAAUUUUCGGUGGUGUCGGCUGGGUGACAAUGCCCACUGACACGUCACGGUUGGCUGCCAUCGGGGCCAUCGGAGAGCUGCUGCUGGAAGGGCCUUUUCUGGCCGCAGGAUAUUUCAACCUUCCGGAUGUCACGGCAGCUUCAUUUAUAGAGCCCCCGGCAUGGAGACAGAGAAUGCCUCUGGAGCCAUCCUCUGGUCUCUAUCGGACGGGAGAUCUCGUGCAGUACCAGGAUGAUGGAACCAUUCGAUAUAUAGGGCGUCAGGGCACGUGCAUGAAGCUGCACGGCCAACUGAUCGACCUGGGAGAAGUGGAAACUAACACACUUCGUGGGUUCCCUGGGGCCAACAGCGUAGCCGCCGAUAUAGUCUCUCUGGAUAUUGACGGCAACAUCGCAGCAACACUGGUGGCUUAUAUAAAAUUCGACUUUGACGACCCCAAAGGACGUGACGCCAAUGGUAUCUUGAACUCGGUCUGCCAGGAAUUUCGCCACAGUACGACCGAGGUGCAGAGGCACCUCGGAGGACUUCUUCCAUCCUACAUGAUCCCGUCCAUAUUCAUCCCAGUCCAGGCGAUGCCGAGUACCGUGACGGGAAAACUUGACCGUCGUAGCCUACGGUCAGCUGUCCUAUCGCUUUCCUCCGAGGAGCUCCAGAAUUAUCGGGCAGCGCCGCUAGCGAAGACUCCAGUCUCCAGCGAUGCUGAGCGACUGCUGCAAGCCAUGUGGGCUGAUCUCCUGGGCACGACCAAGGAAUCCAUUGGGGUAGAAGACAACUUCCUGAUUAUUGGCGGUGAUUCAAUCGUCACCAUGCGAAUGGUAGCCACGGCUAGACGUGCCGGGUUUGGCUUCACAGUGGCGGACGUCCUGAUGCCGAACAGCUCGUUGUCAUCUCUUGCACUGUCGUUGCAGGAAGUCAGGCCCGAUGAAGAGAAACUUGUAUUAUCCGCUCAAGUUCAGCCAUCUACCCUCACAUCGGUGGAUUUCCAGCAACAUCUCAGCUCCCUGCAACAGCAAGGAAUCCUGUCCCUGGCAGGAAACGUGACCAGCGCGCGGCCAGCUACAGAAGCACAAUCAACACUCAUCUCGCGGUACCCAUGGUUCAAUUUCCAGUUUCCAUUCCAAGGUGAACUCAGUGAGAAUAGACUUCGAGAUGCCUGUAGGGCACUUGUCCGUGCUCACAGUGCGUUGCGGGUUGUCUUUACUAAAUACCGCGAGGAGGUCUUCCAGUUGACUCUAACGGAAGAUAUUGAUCUCCCUCUGCGGGUAGUUACGACCCAUAACCAGUUAGACACCUUUUGUGAAUCACUUUGCCAUUCGGAACAGGCUGUUUCUGUUGUUUCAGCGGGAGUCGCGACCCGUUUUACCCUGGUAUCCAAUCCCACACGUACAAAGCAGCGACUCGUCAUUCGUCUUGCCCACGCCCAGUAUGAUGCCACUUCCAUUCCAAUUCUGGUCCGCGAUCUCGAAUUAGUAUACAAAAAUGAAAAGAAUAUUGCGGAUACUUCUUUCGAUCGGUACCUUGAACAACGGGCACGGCAUUCGGAUCAAGAACAGCACCGGGCCUUUUGGCAGGAGUACCUGGCGGGCUCUUCCCUUGCCUCGUCUCCCCUCGAUCUCACUUUGGCCAACCACUUGGUCACAGGAACCUGUGAUCUAGCUUUACCAGCAGGGCUCCCACCUUCUGUAACCUUACCCACCGUCGUGAAAGCUGCUGCCUCUUUAGUCCUCGCUCGACAGCUCCAUCGACCUGAUAUCGUUGUCGGCCAGACCGUCGAUGGGCGUAGUCUGCCACUCCCCGACAUCGACCGAGUUAUGGGCGCUUGUAAUAACUAUAUUCCGUUCAGGGUACAGCCUCGUGCGUCUAUGACCGCCCGAGACUACCUCCUCCAUGCCCAAGUCCAGCAUUCCCGGAGCCUGGGUUCCGAAUCUGUGGAUUUUCGUAUGAUCGUCUCGCACUGCACAGAUUGGCCGUCUUCGGCGGAGUUUGGGUAUAUUGUGCAGCACCAGACGGCUAAUCAUAGCCUAGCGUUGAGACUAGGAGACAAGGCUUCGACUCUCAAACUGGUGGGCGGGCUCUCGCCCGGAUCGGAGGUGUGGAUUUGCUCUACCGAUACUCCAUCCGGGGUAAGAAUUGAUAUUCACUCCUCGGCACAGAGGAUGACUCAUGACCAGGCCAUUUCUAUGGCGUGUGAAGUUUGCACAAUGAUUAAUGAUAUUCUGACAAAGCUGGAUCGUUAUUUGUAUGCUAUUGAAGGGAUGACAUGCUUGAGGUAG